AUGGGAUUAUUGAAUAGAAAACGAGUCACUGGGAUCACGGAGAAAUCCAAGAAUCAGAAUGUUAAAGUGCGAAACAUCAAGCCGGAGAAGGCGAGAAAGGUGAUAAGGAGCUUCCACACGCUACGGAAGAACAGAUCCAAACUCAUCAACGACCUGACUCAACAUUUCCACGGGAUCAAUGAGGAGAAUUACAUGGAAAUAAUACGAAGUGACAGUCAUAUGAAGUCUGUUUUUGAAAAUCAGGACAAAUUGUCAAACAUAGAUGCCAAAUCGGUGCUGGUAGGAGAACUAGGCAAGGUGCACAGACAGAUGGAAUCGCAAGGUGGUUUGGAAUUGUACCAAUUGGCAUCAACAUUGGGUCAGCAGGUAUCAAGAGGUGGCGAUUCUUCCAGAAAACUGAUCGAAUGGUUGAAAGAGUUGAAUUUAAUGUCAAAGGGUACCUACAGAGCUCUUGAGAUUGGCAGUCUGAGCUCCAAAAAUGUCAUCAGUACGUGCGGAUUGUUUCAAACCGUCACCAGAGUCGAUCUCCAUUCGCAGGAGCCAGAGGAGAUCAUCGAGUGCGAUUUCAUGGAAUUUGCGGUGCCAAAGGAAGAAGAUAGGUACGAUCUCGUCUCGUGCUCUCUGGUGCUGAAUUUUGUGCCUACUCCUAUCCAAAGGGGAGACAUGCUGCGUAGAAUACGACUAUUUUUCACUGAAUCGAAUCCCGAGUCCCCAAAGCUGCUUUUCAUGGUGUUGCCGCUUCCGUGUAUCACAAACUCGCGUUAUCUGGAUAACUCUCUCUUGCUGUCGAUGAUGUCAUCGCUUGGCUUCAAGCAGCUGAAAUAUCAUGAGGCCACCAAGGUGGUGUAUUGGCUGUGGGAAUUUGACAAAAACGCCAAGGGACCGAAUAUCUACAGAUCCAAGAAGGAGGUCAGAUCUGGCAAAAACAGAAACAAUUUCAGUAUAUUGUUAUAA